AUGCAGGGACCCCAGGACGUGCGGGAGCUCACCUUCAGCCCGUGGGAUUACGGCGUGUUCGCGCUGAUGCUGCUGAUCUCCACGGCCAUCGGGCUCUUCCACGGGCUGGCCAAGGGCGGCCAGAAAACCUCGGAGGAUUUUUUCACGGGUGGCCGGAGGAUGUCGGCGCUGCCCGUGGGGCUCUCGCUGUCGGCCAGCUUCAUGUCGGCCAUCCAGGUGCUGGGGGUGCCGGCCGAGGCGUUCCGCUACGGAGCCAAAUUCCUCUGGAUGUGCCUGGCGCAGCUCAUCAACAGCGCGCUCACCGCGCAGCUCUUCCUGCCCGUCUUCUACCGCCUGGGGCUCACCAGCACCUACGAGUACCUGGAGCGGCGCUUCAGCCGGAGCGUGCGGCUGUGCGGGACCGUGCAGUACGUGGUGGCCACGAUGCUCUACACCGGGAUCGUCAUCUACGCGCCCGCCCUGAUCCUAAACCAAGUCACCGGGCUGGAUAUUUGGGCAUCGCUGCUGUCCACGGGGGCCAUCUGCACCUUCUACACCACCAUCGGCGGGAUGAAGGCUGUCAUCUGGACCGACGUGUUCCAGGUGUUCGUGAUGCUCGCGGGCUUUGUCGCCAUCGCCAUCCGGGGGGCGCUGCUGGUUGGGGGUCCCGCCGAGGUGCUGAGCAUCGCCAGCAACGGCUCCAGGCUCAACUUCGCCGAUUUCAGCCCGGACCCGCGGAGCCGCUACACCGUGUGGACCUUCGUGCUGGGCGGGACGCUGCUCUGGCUCUCCAUGUACGGCGUCAACCAGGCGCAGGUGCAGCGCUACGUGGCCUGCAGGAGCGAGAGGGAGGCCAAGAUGGCGCUGCUGGUCAAUCAGGUCGGGCUCUUCUUCAUCGUGUUCAGCGCCGUGGCCUGCGGGCUCGUCAUGUUCGCGCUCUACGGCCGCUGUGACCCCCUGCUGGCCGGGGCCAUCGCCGCCCCCGACCAGUACAUGCCCUACCUGGUCCUGGACAUCUUCGGGAGCACGCCGGGGGUGCCGGGGCUGUUCCUGGCCUGCGCCUACAGCGGCACGCUCAGCACGGCCUCCACGUCCAUCAACGCCAUGGCUGCCGUCACCGUGGAGGACCUGGUGCGGCCGCGGCUGCCGGCGCUGUCCCCGAGGAAGCUGACGCUGAUCUCCAAGGGGCUCUCUCUCACCUUCGGCACCUCCUGCAUCACUGUGGCCGCGCUGUCCUCGCUGCUGGGGGGGGGUGUCCUGCAGGGCUCCUUCACGGUGAUGGGGGUGAUCAGCGGGCCCCUGCUGGGCGCCUUCGUGCUGGGGAUGUUCCUGCCCCGCUGUGGAACCGCCGGGGUGCUGGGGGGCCUGGCCGUGGGCCUGGCACUGUCACUCUGGGUGGCUGUGGGUGCCACCCUGUACCCGCCCAGCGCGGCCACCAUGGGGGUGCUGCCCACCUGGGGGACGCUGUGCCCGCCCCACAACGCCACCAACGCCACCAGCGCCACCAGUGUCAGUGUCACCAGUGUCACCAGCGCCACCAGUGUCAGUGUCACCAGUGUCACCAGUGUCACCAGCGCCACCAGCGGCCCCGUCCUGUCCAUGCCACCCCCGGAGCCGCUGCACCCGGCCAUCCUGGGUGACUUCUACUCCAUCUCCUACCUGUACUACGGCGCCUUGGGGACACUGGCGACUGUGGGGACAGGGGCCCUGCUCAGCCUGCUGCCAGGGUCAAGGCGCUGUCCCCCGGGUGUGCUGUGGUGGGACAUCGUCAGGGCUGCACCCUCGGGUGGCCUCAAGGGUGACACCAGCGUUGGGGACGAGCCCCUGGACAAGGAGGAGGAGGACGAGGAGGCCGAGUUGGAGGAAGGCCGCGUCAGGGGGGGCUGCUCCCCGCCGGGGCUGCGGGGUCUGCCCCACACCGGGGGCUCCCCAAAAGGGUCCGGCGAGGGCGCUUCUCGUGGGGCGGGGCCGCUGAGGCAGCGGCUGCGAGCCCGGGGCGCGGCCCCCGCGUCCCCCCAGAGCCCCUCGGCGCCGGGGCCGCUGAAAACGGCGAAGUUGGGGGGCUCGGGGAGGCGGCCGGAGGGGCUGCGGGGUCCAGGGCCGGGAGUCCGGGGAGGGGCCGGGCAGGCGAGGGCGAGUCGAGCCCCGAGUGAGUCCAGCCCCGGCUCCUCCACGCCCUCAUAA